GGAAAGUAUGAAAGAGAAAUAGUCCGUCAAGAAUAGACGCUCUGGUUCUUGGAGUUCGAGUUUGGACCAAGCAAAGUGUACACGCCAGUGCUUCUCGCUGCACGCCACUCUGUCCCUCACUACCCUUUUCUUUCUUUCCUUCCUUCCUUCCUUCCUUUCUCCAUCGGCAGUCACUGGCUUAUGCUAUUCUUUAACGCCACGCCCACCAAACUGAACUGUUAUAUUAUAGCCUGACCCAUCUCGUUCUCGCUCCCACUCCCUCUGAGCUCAUCGUCAGGCUGCAGAGGUCCAACCUUGAAGUUUGAAGCGGGGUUGAGGAUCUGAAUCUCUUUUGCAUACCCACGCAUUGAUUUUGCUGAAUGGCGGCAAUACUUGCUUCUCAGAGCUGUUAUUGCCGCGACGCCGAGAUUCUGAAUCAAGGAAGAACAAAUGAUGGUUUGAGCUUUUCGAGCUCCAUAUCAAAUCAAAUCGCCCAACUUGAGAGAAAAAUUUUCAAUGUGAACGGUGGCAAUAGAGUUUAUAGGUUUGAGGUGGAUAUGAGACAGACCGACUCUCCGGCUAGAUUAGGUACCAAUGGAAGAGCCGUUAAGAUGGUGCCCGCAAGUGAGGUAAUGAAGAGGAAUGCCCCGAAUGGUAGUAACAAAGUGGAGAUAGUGAAUGGUUCGAAGCAAAUUGUUAAUGGGGCAAGCAUAGUAAAAAGGAAACCUACCAUGUCCCUUGUCAAGACUCCGAAAGUUCGAGACCCCCAACAGUUUCCACCAGUGGAUGAGCUCAAGGUUUUGCUGUCAGAUGAAGGAUUCAGUUGGGCCAAUGAAAACUAUAGCUCCUGGCAGAGGAACAUAGAUGUUUGGUCCUUUGUUCUAUCUCUGCGUGUCCGCGUUUUGCUCGAUAAUGCAAAAUGGGCUUAUGUGGGAGGGUUUUCGGAAGACAAACAGAAAAAUAGGCGACGAAAGACUGCUUCCUGGCUGCGGGAGCGUGUGCUGCAGCUAGGCCCGACCUUCAUUAAACUUGGCCAGUUAUCUUCCACGAGGUCCGACCUAUUUCCACGUGAAUUUGUGGAUGAGCUCGCCAAGUUGCAGGACAGAGUUCCCGCCUUCUCACCCAAGAAAGCUAGAGAUUUCAUCGAGAAUGAACUGGGAGCUCCAGUUGAUGUCAUCUUUAAGGAGUUCGAGGAUCAGCCCAUUGCUGCUGCUAGUCUUGGUCAGGUACAUCAAGCUAUACUGCAUAAUGGAGAGAAAGUAGUGAUAAAAGUUCAAAGACCAGGCUUGAGGAAGCUUUUCGACAUCGAUUUGCGUAAUUUAAAGCUCAUUGCAGAGUACUUUCAGAGAAGUGAAACUCUUGGGGGUCCAACAAGGGACUGGAUUGGUAUUUAUGAAGAAUGUUCAACGAUUUUGUAUCAAGAGAUAGAUUACAUCAAUGAAGGGAAGAAUGCUGAUAAAUUCCGGCGAGAUUUUCGGAACGUAAAGUGGGUCCGAGUGCCUCUGGUUUACUGGGAUUAUACUGCAUUGAAGGUGUUGACCUUGGAGUAUGUACCAGGUGUUAAGAUUGAUCGGCUAAAUCUGCUUGAUUCACGUGGUUUUGAUCGCUCUCGCAUUUCUUCACGUGCUAUUGAAGCAUAUCUGAUUCAGAUACUGAAAACUGGUUUCUUUCAUGCUGAUCCCCACCCUGGGAAUCUCGCUAUUGACAUGGAUGAAGCGAUCAUCUACUACGAUUUUGGAAUGAUGGGGGAGAUCAAAUCUUUCACCCGUGAGAGGUUGCUUGAACUUUUCUAUGCUGUUUAUGAGAAAGAUGCAAAAAAGGUUAUGCAGAGCCUUAUUGAUCUUGGAGCUCUUCAGCCGACUGGAGACUUGUCAUCGGUGAGGAGGUCCGUGAAGUUUUUCUUGGACAACUUGUUAAGCCAGACACCGGAUCAACAGCAGACAUUUGCUGCAAUUGGGGAGGAUUUGUUUGCAAUAGCCCAAGAUCAGCCGUUCAGAUUUCCAUCUACCUUUACCUUUGUCUUGAGGGCAUUUUCUACUCUUGAAGGUAUCGGCUACACCCUUGACCCCGAUUUUUCCUUCGCAAAGAUUGCCGCCCCUUAUGCUCAGGAGCUUCUGGAUAUAAGGCAAAGACAACAGACAGGCACGCAACUCGUGCAGCAGAUUAGGAAACAAGCUGAUGAUGCUAGAACCUCCGCCGUAAGCAUGCCUUACAGAGUCCAGCGGAUAGAGGAGAUUGUGAAUCAACUCGAGUCGGGGGAUUUAAAACUCAGAGUCCGGGUGCUCGAGUCCGAAAGAGCAGCUCGGAAAGCAACGAUACUUCAAAUGGCCACCAUGUACACCGUCUUCGGAGGCACGCUAUUAAAUCUAGGAGUUACUCUCACUAACCAAGGCAGUCAGAUUUUCGCAAACGGGUCAUUCAUUGGAGCAGGAGUAUUUUUCACACUGCUCUUGAGGUCGAUGCAACGUGUGAAGAUGCUCGACAAGUUCGAGAAGAUGAUAUGAUUGGCUCGCGCCCGGAAAUCGAAGUGCUCUCGCCCCUACAAGACAUGUUAAUCUCCAUUGUUUAGCAUACUACUGCUACCUCAUUGUAUUCUUCCCCAAGCAUAGCUUCUCUAUACAUAUUCUUUUUCACUUGACCCGUGCACAGUGCAAACGGGGCUAUAAUGUAGAAGAUCGAAACUAGGGAAGAAGAGCCAUGUAAUGAUAAAAUUACAGCUACAUUCUCCACAUUGCCAAACAUUGGUUCGAACAAUAGAAAGGGAGCUUUCUUGUCCCAAAAUUUAUGCAGAUUCAGUGCCAAAGAAAUGAGCCGAAUAUUGUCCAAA